CAAGGGACACGUUGACGUGCGUCUCCAGCAGACAUGUCAGCCUCCACUCAGCGGUACAGCGGAUAGUCUGAAACUUGGUGUUAUAUCUCUGUUGGCCUCCACAAUGAUUGUGCAGUCAGAUUCCUCCGAGCCUGGGACUAUUUUACGUGUCAGAGGGCCGCUGGAGUUCAAGUGCCAGCUGGACAGCACAGUUGGGUCACACAUACAGAAGGUAAUCUCAAGAACAUUUGAGACCCUUCGCUCCAGAGUGAAAUCAGAAUCUUUAGUUUUCACAGUCUGCGAUAGUCCUGUUGUUGUUUGGCCAAACAGAGGCAAACAGGAAACACUAUAUGCAUCACCUGAAGAAAUUACUCCUAAUACCCUGUGUAAAGAUCUACAACAAUGGAUAAAGACAGAUGAACAAGAGAGCUCCAGCAAGAAAAAUGCAAAAAGUAAAAGUAAAAAGAUUCCAACAGCAAGUGUCAUAAACCUUCACCUGAUGAUGGAGGUGACAAAGCCUGGCCCUCUACCAGCCCUGACCCUCAACAGAACCGUCCAGAAACAUCACUUCCUGCGCACAACUCUGCCCAUGGAUUGUGUCGUCCAUACCACCUGUAAUGACACAAUCGGAGUUGCCUGUGAGCGCCUGUUGGAGGAGCUAUUGCACCAGUUGUGUGAGAUGGAGAAAGUGAGCCUGCAGCACAUGAAGGGAACAACUCUGCAGGUUCCUGAGCCGCUGCACUUCCUUCUUCCAGAGUCAAAGGGACUGGUGACUGUGGUUUACCCUGCAGGAGUGCCUGACAGCCAGCUAGAGGCGCACCGUAAGGAACUGCAUCAGCGCUUUGAGCUCCCAGAGGACAGGCCCUAUUUUAGAAGAGCCAAUGUUUAUCGUUUUCCUAAUGAGACCUACAGAGACGGUUACCUGCGAAACCCCCAUCUGGCCGUCACUCACCCCAGCCUUGAAAAUGGCAAGUUGUACUUGGUCCAGGGGAUCUACAGCUACCACCACUACAUGCAGGACCGUAUGGAUGACAACGGGUGGGGCUGUGCCUAUCGCUCCCUGCAGACCAUCUGCUCCUGGUUUCAGCAGCAGGGUUACACUGAGCGGCCUGUGCCCACUCACAAGGAGAUCCAACAGGCUUUAGUGGAUGUUGGAGACAAGCAAGGAUCGUUUGUGGGAUCACGUCAGUGGAUUGGAUCCAUCGAAGUUCAGGCUGUCUUGAACCAGCUGCUCAGUGUCACCUCGAAAAUUAUGUUUGUGAGUCAGGGAUCUGAGCUGGCAUCCAAAGGCAGAGAACUGGCCAACCACUUCAUCACAGAGGGAACUCCUGUCAUGAUCGGUGGGGGGGUUUUAGCUCACACUAUUCUGGGUGUGGCGUGGAGUGAGACCACAGGGCAGAUCCGCUAUCUCAUCCUAGAUCCACAUUACACAGGUUCAGAAGACUUGCAGGUCAUCACAGACAAGGGUUGGUGUGGCUGGAAAGGUCCUGAUUUUUGGGAUCAAACUGCAUAUUAUAAUCUCUGUCUGCCUCAGAGGCCAAAGACCAUCUGAGUUCAUACUGGACAUACUUUGAUAUAAAACAAAUGCAAAUCUGUAAUGUCACUGUUUUUUGAAGUUCAAGUGCUGUAAUUUUUUUUUUUUUUUGUACAAUAACUAGUAUGAUAACCUUUGAAAUUUGUAUGAUAUAUCAGGGAUGAUAUAAAUAUGCUGUGAUCAAAGGUUUUUAAUCAAAUCCUAAAUAAGUAUAUAAUAGUCUCUAACAAUUUAAAGGACACUUGUAUUGACAAACGGAAAAAAGAAAAAUAUACUUGGCUGCGAUUAGUUUAUACGACUGAGGUGAGUACACUGUUCUGAGUGAGACUGCUUCACUUGAGGAGAAAUAAACUAAAGAGAACGCAACUAAAGCAGAGCUAUGCUAUCAAACAAAGAUUGUCUUAAUUUUUAAUCAUACUUCCUUCUAAGGUAUUAUUAGAGAAAGCAUCUUGUGAUCCAACACCUGGCACUUAUUUUCCCCACAGGCUGGAAAGUGUUGUGCUGUCCCUUUCUGUGGGAGGCUUGGUCCACUGCUCUCUGGCUGAAUUUACAAAUAAUAAAGUUGUACAGUGUAA